UUCUUUUGCUCUCUGACUACUUCGCAGGCUUUUAUUGAUUUAUUAUUUAUGUUUGUGUAAUUAUACUAAAGCGCCAAACACUUACAUUGGGAGGCAUGUGGUUUAUCUUUACAGAUACGCACCUCUUGUUUGUCUAGGGAAGUCUCACAUGUAUUCCGCAGUUGUUGGGAGGUUGCAGGUGGGCGUUUAUUUGCCUUGUUCCUCUGUAAUACGUUGCUUGAGAAGGCUAGAUUCUCCAGCUUGGUUUGGGACUGCUGCCAGAGUUCCUCCUUGUCCUCGCUGCCCCCCUCCCCUUGCCACCUCCUCUAUCUCGGUCUCUACAUUUUAACUUUUCCUUUGCUCCGGCAUGGCCUUAUAUGUUCCAGUAGGUUAGAGGGUCUAUAAGAAGCCCGCCUAGCUCAACGGUGAGAGCGCCCUGUGGUAAUAUUGUUAUUCUCUAGAACCUGUGGGAGGUACAUGGUUCAACUCCAUGGGCGGGCAAUUUUUUUUCUUGGUCUCCCUUUUGUUUUAUUUUGGCUCCUCCUCUCCUUGAUGACAGAUGACAGGGCCAUUUCUUCCCCCUUUUUUCUCUUUUUUUUUUUUUUUCCUUUCCCUGUUCCAUUUUUUUGGUGGCGAGGCAGACCCGCGGUUGAUGGCAGGGCAGGAUACCACAUGAUGCCCAAAACGAGGAGGGAAGCCUAGCUUCUGUUCACAAUAGAUUGGCUUGCGCCAUGUCUUCCAACUCAAUAGAAUGGCGUUUCACGACUGAUGUAUGCAGACUGGCAAUGCGUGACGUGACACUGGAUGAUUCAGCCAUGAGGACAUGGUAUGAUAUGACGACGGCCCACAAUUCAGGCACUGAACCUGAGCCUGUGAAUUAAUUUACGGCGUACUGGGUCCCCCGAAAACAGGGG